UCCAGGGGACACGCCAUGACUCUGGAGGGUCUGUGUUUGGCAAGGGGCCCCCUGGCCCGGCUCCUGCUGGCCUGGUCGGCCCUGUUGUGCAUGGCAGGUGGCCAAGGCCGCUGGGAUGGGGCCUUGGAGGCUGCAGGUCCUGGACGUGUGCGGAGGCGGGGCAGCCCAGGCAUCUUGCAGGGGCCGAAUGUGUGCGGCUCCCGGUUCCACGCUUACUGCUGUCCGGGCUGGAGAACAUUCCCUGGCAGGAGCCAGUGUGUCGUACCCAUCUGUAGGCGCGCCUGCGGUGAGGGCUUCUGCUCGCAGCCCAACCUGUGCACCUGUGCGGAUGGGACGCUGGCUCCCAGCUGCGGGGUGAGCCGAGGGUCAGGGUGCAGUGUGAGCUGUAUGAAUGGGGGCACCUGCCGGGGGGCAUCCUGUCUGUGUCAGAAGGGCUACACAGGCACCGUGUGUGGGCAGCCCAUCUGUGACCGCGGCUGCCACAAUGGGGGUCGCUGCAUUGGGCCCAACCGCUGCGCCUGUGUGUACGGCUUCAUGGGACCUCAGUGUGAGAGAGAUUACCGGACGGGACCCUGCUUUGGCCAAGUGGGCCCCGAGGGGUGCCAGCAUCAGCUGACAGGCCUCGUGUGCACCAAGGCACUUUGCUGUGCCACUGUGGGCCGUGCCUGGGGCCUUCCAUGUGAACUUUGCCCUGCACAGCCACACCCCUGCCGCCGAGGCUUCAUCCCCAAUAUCCACACGGGGGCCUGCCAAGAUGUGGAUGAGUGCCAGGGCGUGCCAGGCCUGUGCCAGGGAGGCAGCUGUGUCAACACGGUGGGCUCCUUCCAUUGCCACUGUCCAGUUGGACACCGGCUCGGUGACAGCAGUGUUGCAUGUGAAGACCACCGGGCCGGCACCUGCUUCUCAGUGCUUUUUGGGGGCCGCUGUGCCGGAGACCUCACCGGCCACCACACUCGCAGGCAGUGCUGCUGCGACAAGGGCAGGUGCUGGGCGGCUGGCCCGGCCCCUGAGCUGUGUCCUCCUCGGGGUUCCAAUGAGUUCCAGCAACUGUGCGCCCAAGGGCUGCCGCUGCUACCCGGCCACCCUGGCCUCUUCCCUGGCCUCCUGGGUUUUGGAUCCAAUGGCAUGGGCCCCCGUCUUGGGCCGGCACGAUUCAACCCUCAUGGCUCCGAUGGGCGUGGGGUCCCCAGCCUGGGCCCUGGCAACUCUAAUAUUGGCACUGCUACCCUGAACCAGACCAUUGACAUCUGCCGACACUUCACCAACCUGUGUCUGAAUGGUCGCUGCCUGCCCACGCCUUCCAGCUACCGCUGCGAGUGUAACGUGGGCUACACCCAGGACGUACGUGGCGAGUGCAUUGAUGUAGAUGAAUGCACCAGUAGCCCCUGCCACCACGGUGACUGCGUCAACAUCCCUGGCACCUACCACUGCCGGUGCUACCCGGGCUUCCAGGCCACGCCCACCAAGCAGGCAUGCGUGGAUGUGGACGAGUGCAUUGUCAGUGGCGGCCUUUGUCACCUGGGCCGCUGUGUCAACACAGAGGGCAGCUUCCAGUGUGUCUGCAAUGCAGGCUUCGAGCUGAGUCCCGACGGCAAGAACUGUGUGGACCACAACGAGUGUGCCACCAGCACCAUGUGCGUCAACGGCGUGUGUCUCAACGAGGAUGGCAGCUUCUCCUGCCUCUGCAAACCUGGCUUCCUGCUGGCGCCUGGCGGCCGCUACUGCAUGGGUAUUGACGAGUGCCAGACGCCUGGCAUCUGCGUGAACGGCCACUGCACCAACACCGAGGGCUCCUUCCGCUGCCAUUGCCUGGGGGGGCUGGCAGUGGGCACGGAUGGCCGCAUGUGCAUGGACACCCAUGUGCGAAGCACCUGCUACGGGGCCAUCGAGAAGGGCUCCUGUGCCCGCCCCUUCCCUGGCACCGUCACCAAGUCCGAGUGUUGCUGUGCCAACCCAGACCACGGCUUUGGGGAGCCCUGCCAGCUUUGUCCUGCCAAGAACUCUGCCGAGUUCCAGGCACUGUGCAGCAGUGGGCUUGGCAUUACCACGGAUGGUCGAGACGUUGAUGAAUGCUUGUCCAGCCCGUGUGUGAACGGCGUCUGUCAGAACCUGGCUGGCUCCUACACCUGCAAAUGUGCCCCUGGCAGCCGGCUGGACCCCUCUGGCACCAUCUGUCUAGAUAGCACCAAGGGCACCUGCUGGCUGAAGAUCCAGGAGAACCGCUGUGAGGUGAACCUUCAGGGAGCCAGCCUGCGGUCCGAGUGCUGCGCCACCCUCGGGGCGGCCUGGGGGAGCCCCUGCGAACGCUGCGAGAUCGACCCUGCCUGUGCCCGGGGCUUUGCCCGGAUGACGGGUGUCACCUGCGAUGAUGUGAACGAGUGUGAGACCUUCCCGGGAGUCUGUCCCAACGGGCGUUGUGUCAACACUGCUGGAUCUUUCCGCUGCGAGUGUCCAGAGGGCCUGAUGCUGGAAGCCUCGGGCCGGCUGUGCGUGGAUGUGAGAUUAGAACCAUGUUUCCUGCGAUGGGACGAGGAUGAGUGUGGGGUCACCUUGCCUGGCAAGUACCGGAUGGACGUCUGCUGCUGCUCCAUUGGGGCGGCCUGGGGAGCCGAGUGCGAGGCCUGCCCAGAUCCCGAGUCCUUGGAGUUCGCCAGCCUGUGCCCGCGGGGGCUGGGCUUUGCCAGCCGGGACUUCCUGUCUGGCCGGCCGUUCUAUAAAGAUGUGAAUGAAUGCAAGGCGUUCCCUGGCCUCUGCACGCACGGUACCUGCAGAAACACGGUAGGCAGCUUCCACUGUGCCUGUGCGGGGGGCUUCGCCCUGGAUGCCCAAGAACGGAACUGCACAGAUAUCGACGAGUGUCGCAUCUCCCCUGACCUCUGCGGCCAGGGCGCCUGUGUCAACACCCCAGGCAGCUUUGAGUGCGAGUGUUUUCCCGGCUACGAGAGCGGCUUCAUGUUGAUGAAGGACUGCAUGGACGUGGACGAGUGUGCAAGGGACCCACUGCUCUGCCGGGGAGGCACUUGCACCAACACGGAUGGGAGCUACAAGUGCCAGUGUCCCCCUGGGCACGAGCUGACGGCCGAGGGCACUGCCUGUGAGGACAUCGAUGAGUGCUCCCUGAGGGAUGGCCUGUGUCCCCACGGCCACUGUGUCAAUGUCAUCGGUGCCUUCCAGUGCUCCUGCCACGCCGGCUUCCAGGGCACACCUGACCGCCAAGGCUGCGUGGAUAUCAAUGAAUGCCGGGUCCGGAAUGGUGGGUGUGACGUGUACUGUAUUAACACUGAGGGCAGCUACCGGUGCAGCUGUCGGCAGGGCUACUCGCUGAUGCCCGACGGAAGGGCAUGUGCAGACGUGGAUGAGUGUGAAGAGAACCCCAGUGUUUGUGACCAAGGCCACUGCACCAACGUGCAGGGGGGUCACCGCUGCCUGUGCUAUGAUGGCUUCGUGGCCACGCCGGACAUGAGGACGUGUGUUGAUGUGGAUGAGUGUGACCUGAACCCUCACAUCUGCCUCCACGGGGACUGCGAGAACACGAAGGGUUCCUUUGUCUGCCACUGUCAGCUGGGCUACAUGAUCAGGAAGGGGGCCACGGGCUGCUCUGAUGUGGAUGAAUGCGAGGUUGGAGGACACAACUGUGACAGUCAUGCCUCCUGUCUCAACAUCCCAGGGAGUUUCAGCUGUAGGUGCCUGCCAGGCUGGGAGGGGCAUGGCUUCGAAUGUCAUGACCUGGAUGAAUGCGUCUCCCAGGAGCACCAGUGCAGCCCAAAAGGUGACUGUCUCAAUGUCCCUGGCUCCUACCGCUGCACCUGCCGCCAGGGCUUUACCGGGGAUGGCUUCUCCUGCGAAGACAGAGACGAAUGUGCCGAGAACGUGGACCUCUGUGAUAACGGGCAGUGCCUCAAUGCGCCCGGCGGGUACCGCUGCGAAUGUGAGAUGGGCUUUGACCCCACUGAGGACCACCGGGCCUGCCAGGAUGUGGACGAGUGUGCGCAAGGGAACCUCUGUGCAUUUGGGAGCUGUGAGAACCUGCCUGGAAUGUUCCGCUGCAUCUGCGAUGGUGGCUACGAACUGGACCGAGGGGGCGGCAACUGCACAGACAUUAACGAGUGUGCAGACCCAGUAAACUGCAUCAACGGCGUGUGCGUUAACACCCCCGGCAGCUACCUCUGCCGCUGUCCCCAGGAUUUUGAGCUGAACCCCAGCGGAGUGGGCUGCGUGGACACUCGGGCUGGGAACUGUUUCCUGGAGACGCAUGACCGAGGGGACGGUGGCAUUUCCUGCAGUGCUGAGAUCGGAGUUGGUGUCACCCGGGCUUCCUGCUGUUGUUCCCUGGGCCGGGCUUGGGGCAAUCCCUGCGAGCUGUGCCCAGUGGCCAACACCACUGAGUACAGAACCCUGUGCCCCGGUGGUGAGGGCUUCCGGCCUAACCCCAUCACUGUCAUUCUGGAAGACAUCGACGAGUGCCAAGAGCUGCCAGGGCUGUGUCAGGGGGGUGACUGCAUCAACACCUUUGGCAGUUUCCAGUGUGAGUGCCCACCUGGCUACCACCUCAGUGAGCACACCCGCAUCUGUGAGGAUAUUGAUGAAUGCUCCACACACUCGGGCAUCUGUGGCCCUGGCACCUGCUACAAUACCCUGGGAAACUACACCUGUGUCUGCCCUGCAGAAUACCUCCAAGUCAAUGGUGGCAACAACUGCAUGGAUAUGAGGAAGAGUGUCUGCUUCCGGCACUAUAACGGCACAUGUCAAAAUGAGCUGGCCUUCAACGUGACCCGAAAAAUGUGUUGCUGCUCCUACAACAUUGGCCAGGCCUGGAAUAGACCCUGUGAGGCCUGCCCCACUCCCACCAGCCCUGACUACCAGAUUCUAUGCGGAAACCAGGCCCCGGGAUUCCUCAUUGACAUCCACACGCGGAAGCCCCUUGACAUUGAUGAGUGUGGGGAGAUCCCCGCCAUCUGUGCCAGUGGUGUCUGCAUCAACCAGAUGGGGAGCUUCCGCUGCGAGUGCCCCACAGGCUUCAACUACAACAGCAUCCUGCUGGCUUGUGAAGAUGUCGAUGAGUGUGGCAGCAGGGAGAGUCCCUGCCAGCAGAAUGCCGACUGCAUCAACGUCCCCGGCAGCUACCGCUGCGAGUGCACCCGAGGGUACAAACUGUCGCCAGGCGGGGCUUGUGUGGGACGGAAUGAGUGUCGGGAGAUCCCGAAUGUCUGUAGCCAUGGCGACUGCAUGGACACAGAAGGCAGCUACAUGUGUCUGUGUCACCGUGGAUUCCAGGCCUCUGCAGACCACACCCUGUGCAUGGACGUUGAUGAGUGUGACCAGCAGCCUUGUGGAAAUGGGACCUGCAAGAACAUCAUCGGCUCCUACAACUGCCUCUGCUUCUCUGGCUUUGUGGUGACACACAAUGGGGAUUGUGUGGAUUUUGACGAGUGUACUACCCUGGUGGGGCAGGUGUGCCGAUUUGGCCAUUGCCUCAACACAGCUGGUUCCUUCCACUGCCUCUGCCAGGAUGGCUUUGAGCUCACAACUGAUGGGAAGGAUUGUGUGGACACCAAUGAGUGCCUCAGCCUCGCGGGAACCUGCCUACCAGGCACCUGCCAGAACCUCGAGGGCUCCUUCCGUUGCAUCUGUCCCCCUGGCUUCCAGGUGCAGAGUGACCACUGCAUUGACAUCGACGAGUGCUCAGAUGAGCCCAACCUCUGCCUCUUUGGCACCUGUAGCAACAGCCCUGGGAGCUUCCAGUGCCUCUGCCCACCUGGCUUUGUCCUCUCUGACAAUGAGCACCGUUGCUUUGACACAAGGAAGAGUUUCUGCUUCACCCGUUUUGAGGCUGGGAAGUGCUCGGUGCCCAAAGCUUUCAAUACCACCAAGACCCGCUGUUGCUGCAGUAAGAGGCCUGGGGAGGGUUGGGGAGACCCCUGUGAGCUGUGUCCCCAGGAAGGCAGUGCUGCCUUUCAGGAGCUCUGCCCCUUUGGCCACGGGGCAGUCCCAGGCCCGGAUGACUCCCGAGAAGACGUGAACGAGUGUGCAGAGAACCCUGGCGUCUGCACUAACGGCAUCUGUGUCAACACCGAUGGAUCCUUCCGCUGUGAGUGUCCCCUUGGCUACAGCCUGGACUUCACCGGCAUCAACUGUGUGGACACAGACGAGUGCUCUGUCGGCCACCCCUGUGGGCAGGGCACAUGCACCAACGUCAUCGGAGGCUUCGAAUGUGCCUGUGCUGACGGCUUUGAGCCUGGCCCCAUGAUGACCUGUGAGGACAUCGACGAAUGCUCCCUGAACCCGCUGCUCUGUGCCUUCCGCUGCCACAAUACCGAGGGCUCCUACCUGUGCACCUGCCCAGCCGGCUACACCCUGCGGGAGGAUGGGGCCAUGUGUCGAGAUGUGGACGAGUGUGCAGAUGGUCAGCAGGACUGCCACGCCCGGGGCAUGGAGUGCAAGAACCUCAUCGGUACCUUCGUGUGCGUCUGUCCCCCAGGCAUGCGGCCCCUGCCUGGCUCCGGGGAGGGCUGCACAGAUGACGAUGAAUGCCGCGCUCAGCCUGACCUCUGUGUCAAUGGCCGCUGCGUCAACACCGAGGGCAGCUUCCGGUGCGACUGUGAUGAGGGCUUCCAGCCCAGCCCCACCCGUACUGAGUGCCACGACAUCCGGCAGGGGCCCUGCUUUGCCGAGGUGCUGCAGGCUAUGUGCCAGGCUCUGUCCAGCAGCAGCGAGGCUGUCACCAGGGCCGAGUGCUGCUGUGGGGGUGGUCGGGGCUGGGGGCCCCGCUGCGAGCUCUGUCCCCUGCCUGGCACCUCCGCCUACAGGAAGCUGUGCCCCCACGGCUCAGGCUACACCGCUGAGGGUCGAGAUGUAGAUGAAUGCCGUAUGCUUGCUCACCUGUGUGCCCAUGGAGAGUGCAUCAACAGCCUCGGCUCCUUCCGCUGCCACUGUCAGGCCGGGUACACACCAGAUGCUACUGCCACCACCUGCCUGGAUGUGGACGAGUGCAGCCAGGUCCCCAAGCCGUGUACCUUCCUCUGCAAAAACACGAAGGGCAGCUUCCUAUGCAGCUGUCCCCGAGGCUACCUGCUGGAGGAGGAUGGCAGGACCUGCAAAGACCUGGACGAAUGCACCUCCCGGCAGCACAACUGUCAGUUCCUCUGUGUCAACACUGUGGGCGCCUUCUCCUGCCGCUGUCCACCCGGCUUCACCCAGCGCCACCAGGCCUGCUUCGACAAUGAUGAGUGCUCAGCCCAGCCUGGCCCAUGUGGUGCCCGCGGGCACUGCCACAACACCCCGGGCAGCUUCCGCUGUGAAUGCCACCAAGGCUUCACCCUGGACAGCUCAGGCCAUGGCUGUGAAGAUGUGAAUGAAUGUGAUGGACCCCACCGCUGCCAGCAUGGCUGUCAGAACCAGUUAGGGGGCUACCGCUGCGGCUGCCCCCAGGGUUUCACCCAGCACUCCCAGUGGGCCCAGUGUGUGGAUGAGAAUGAGUGUGCCCUGUCGCCCCCGACCUGCGGGAGCGCCUCGUGUCGCAACACUCUUGGUGGCUUCCGCUGCGUCUGCCCCUCUGGCUUUGACUUUGAUCAGACCCUUGGGGGCUGCCAGGAUGUGGAUGAGUGCGCCGGACGGCGUGGCCCCUGUAGCUACAGCUGUGCCAACACUCCCGGUGGCUUCCUGUGUGGCUGUCCUCAAGGCUUCUUCCGGGCUGGGCAAGGGCACUGUGUCUUUGGCCUGGGCUUCAGCCCCGGACCCCAGGACGCCCCGGACAAAGAGGAGCUGCUCUCGACUGAAGCCUGCUACGAAUGCAAGAUCAACGGCCUCUCUGCCCGGGACCGGCCACGACGCAGUGCCCACAGGGACCACCAGGUGAGCCUGGCCACCCUUGACUCCGAGGCCCUGCUGACCUUGGGUCUGAACCUCUCACACCUGGGCCGGGCCAAGCGCAUCGUGGAGCUCCGGCCGGCCCUGGAGGGUCUGGAGGGCCGGGUCCGCUACGUCAUUGCCCGUGGAAAUGAGCAAGGUUUCUUCCGCAUGCGUCACCUCCGUGGCUUCAGCUCCCUGCAGCUGGGGCGGAGGCGGCCGAGGCCUGGAAUCUACCAGCUGGAGGUGGUGAGCAACGUGGCAGGACCCUGGGGUGUCCAGCCAGAGGGGCAGCCAGGGCCACGGGGCCAGGCCUUGCGGCUGAAGGUGCAGCUGCAGUUGCUUUAGUUGGAGGAGCCUCAAUGGGCCUCAGCUGUCCAGAGAAGGGGGCUUCUGGAACUGGGAAGGACUGAUCCCCAGCAGUGACAGCUGAUCAGGUGGAACCCCGAAACUCAGGAAGAGUGAAAUGCUACACGUCAACCUCAAGCGAGCCCAGCCUCUGCCCGGGCCUCUGUGCCAGCCCCGGGGGACCCCCAGUUACUCAGUCUUUCCUGGAGACAAGAAGAAGCUGCAAUGUGCACCCCCCGCCCCACAGCCAAGGUCAGGAAGAGGCCCUGUGGUGACCGUGUCUGGUCAAUCUCAGGCUUUCACUUCUGUACUGCACUGUGGCUUGCCCUGGUUGGGGGGGGGGUGGGUGGUUGGCAGGACAUGGCAGUGGGCAACUGGGGUGGGCACAGGGCUUAUCCCUCGGAGCAGAAGGGUGUGCAGGGGGCCCAGACCCCACGUGACUUGCCGCAUUUGCCCUCCAUUUGGAGAAUGCUUUUAUAUCAAAGUGGAGACGAUAAUAAAGUUAUUUUGGGUUAA